GUCUUUCUCUGGAAAGAUGGAUGGACUGGCAGACCAUGUCUAUCAGCAGAUCUUUCACUAAUAAGAACUGGAUUUGUGUCACUGCUUCAAGGGAAACCUGAGGGUGUGCACCCAGAAAGUUCUAGGUGUCACCACUCUGCUAAGUUUUCCUGAUGAGAUGGGAAACCAAAGUGCUGAGGGAGUAUGGUACAAAGCAGUAACAUCACCUCCAGUCUGAAGUGCAUUUUGAGUUCCUGGGCUGUUGAGGCCCAGAAUCACAGUUACCACCCAGCAAUGUGUUCUUGUGAGCAGUGUCAGCUCCCCUUUCUUGGAAGACUUGCUCAAUGAAGCCUCAGCUUCCGGUGACAUGCAGCAGGCUUGCAGGAAGGCCCCAUGUGGGAGGUGUCCCUGGGAUGAGGCUGAGCCUUAUCUUGCCAGCCAGCUGCAAAGGGAUUAUCCGGGAGCAGAGCUCUGCACACACACUGCACUGGCUGGGCUGCCUCGAGACCUUUCUCUGGUGCUGUAAAGCCAGCAAGAAAGCAAGGAUUGAACUACUCUGAGCUCUCGUGUCUCCAGUGGAGAGCACCAAAUUCACCCAACUUUAGAAGCUUAUCCUCAGAACAAAACACCAGAAGACCUUGGCUGUGGUGUCAGCCCUAGAGUGCGUGGUGUCUGGUCUCUACCUCCUCCAAUCUCACCAGGGAAGUGUUUGCAGGUGAAAAUGAACAGUGGAAUUCUCUUGUCCCUCCUUGGCUUCCUCCCACUCGUGACACCCACAUGCCCUGUGCCAUGCAGGUGCACCACCAGGAUCACUGACUGCUCACUGAAAAACCUGACUGUAGAAAACCUGCCCACUGCCUUCCGUCCCUCGGCUGAAAUCAUCCACCUCGCUUCCAACAGGCUCACCUCUAUUCCCAACGGGCUCUUUGACAACCUGAGGAGCCUCCAGGCAGUCUACCUGCAGGGCAACCCUUGGGAAUGCACCUGUGACAUCCUCUACCUGCGCUCCUGGCUGCAGUGGCAGCAGAACCGCAGCCUGUACAGGGAUGUGAGGUGCAGCUCCCCGGAGCACCUGCAGGGCCGCAUCAUCGCCUACCUGACUGAGGAUGAGAUCGUCUCCACGUGCCAGCACUGGUACUGCAGCCUGGCUCUGCUCUCUCAGCUCUCCCUCUUCAUCCUCCUUAUCCUCCAGACCAUCUUGGUUAUCCUCAUCAUUGUCUACCUGCGGAAAUUUCGGAGAAUGAGCGCUGAAGUCCGGAGCACCACCCAAGAACUUGGCCACCAGGGAGACCCUUGGGUAUCUUCUUCAACAGACCCCUCCAACAAUUAUUAACAUCACGAGACAGAAGACCCUCCUUCCUUUGGGGGACGCUGUGCCAAAGUCCUGUAGUUUGUGACACCCAGAGGGGACAAUUUAGUACAGCAUCUAAUCCUGACUGCAAUCUGAAGCAGGACUUGAGCUGAUCAGACAUUUUCUGUGU